AUGGCGCCCACCUUGUACCCGGAGUUGUUCAUGUGGCGUGUUGUGGUCUUGUUUUGCGCAGUACUGAGCGGAACUCCUGACUGUGCACGUGUGUCGGCGAGAAAGGUAAAUCCAAAGAUUGUGUCGGACGUGACCAUCUGGACCAGCGGAGUGGAAGGGGAGAUAGCCGGGUACAGGACACCCUUCAUGACCUACACACCUAACGGCACCAUCCUAGCGCUCGCCGGGGCCAGGAAGUACAACAAAAAGGACAACGGAAAGAAAAUUAUAUCUCUGAGAAGAUCUACUGAUAAAGGGGUGACUUGGACUCCGACGGCGUUUUUAGUCGACGACGGGUACGACCAUGGAGUACUGGGCGCAGGCACGGCAUUCGUGGACGACGAUUCCAACACGACAUUCGUGAUGUUCAUCCACUGUCAGUUCCGGUGUGCUGUCCCCUCUGUGCUGCUGAUGAAUAGCACGAAUGACGGGGUGACCUGGGGACAGCCUCGGAACAUCACCCCGCAGCUACAGCCGGGCGUCGUCUCACAUCCAAGUCCGGGGUACGGAAUAAGGAAACGUUACGAGCCCCACAAGGGGCGUCUGGUCGUGUGCGCGCACGGGCGCGGGCCGGACUGGGGCCUGAGCCUGCUGCUGAGCGAUGACGGCGGGCGGACCUGGCGGACAGGCGCGUUCGUAGCCAAAAGACCCUGCAACGACUCGUGUCGAGGAGAAAACCAACAACAUAUGUUUCAACUAGGAGAGUGCCAGCCGGUUGAGCUCCCAGACGGCUCUCUCCUGGUGAUGACGCGAAACGAGCUCAGGUGCACCUGUCACUGUAAAGCCUUCCUCACCAGCCACGACGGCGGGGAGAGUCUCCCGAUUAGCAGCCUCCGAUUCGACCAGACGCUGAUAGAACCGCCAACUGAUGCGGGGCUGUUGUUCAGUGACGGGGUUCUUUACUUCACCGGGCCUAACAGUUCGUCAAAACGGCAAAAGAUGACGUUAAGAUGGAGUUAUGACAACGGCACAAGUUGGGCGGGGGAACUGCCCAUCUGGGAGAAGGCGGCGGGGUACUCCGCGGUAACCAUGCUACAGAAGGACCCUGAAGAUAAAAAUUAUCUCUAUGUUCUGUAUGAAAAGGGAUUCAGCAAGACAGGGACUUCCACUGCGGCCAUAGCCUUCGCAAAAAUACAACUGUAGCUGUUGCAAUGUUGUUUAAUUUCGCUACAAUGUGACAUACAGUAUAAAAGAUUAUAACAUAUCAUUUCAAGUAAUGGAGUAGAUAAAUGAAUGAAACAAUUGCUUUAUACCUUUAGCAUUUCAAAAGUAUGCUCAGUUUCCUAGAGAAUAUUGUUUUGAUGUAACUUUAUAUUGGAAUUUGAGGCUUUCAUUUGUCAUCACUUGUAUCAAUGUCAUUCUUCACAUUAUCACCUGAUGUCAUCAUAUUACCAUUCAUAAAUUCCAACCGGUAAAUUGAUAAUUGUACAAAAAGUGUGAUUAUUAGUAAAUGUUAUAAUCAUUGCUUGUUUAUAAACGCUAUGGUUUAAGUAGCUAUGCCCUAUUAAACUUAAUUUUUAUUCGAAGUUCGACUAUACUAUGUU